ACUUUCGAAAUUGAUAAAUGACGAUCCGAAUUCUUUUCUUUGAUAAAUAUGGAGAUAAAUUAAAGACGAUCCAAUUCUCUCCUCUCAUAUUGAAAAACAGUAGCAAAUGUAGCAUCUAGACAUGUAUAUAUCUAUAGUCCAUAUAUAUAGGCAAACAGUUCAUCCCAUCUACUUAUAAAUUUUACCAGAUCAAACUACACAUUUACAUCAGUUUUCGAGCAACAAAAGAAACCGAAAAAGGGCAAAAAAAAUAGAAUUCCUCCCCGCAUGAAUUCGAGACCCAGCUGCAAUCAAUCAGCGUCCAAUUCCAUCACACAAUUUGUAGUAUUAUUCCACUCACAAAAGUCCAUUAAACUCCUCUCUCUCCCCCCCUCUCUCUCUCACUCUCUCUAUCUCUCUCCUCCUCCGCCUCGCAAUUCUCUCUCAUCAAAUUUUUGAAUCUAAGAGCCUAUGGCCGGAGGGGGAGAGGGCGCCGCGGCUGCGCAAGCGAGCGGCGCCACCGUCGGUGUCCGGAUCCACCCGGCGCGGCGGCUGCCGGACUUCCUGCAGAGUGUGAACUUGAAGUACGUGAAGCUGGGCUACCAUUACUUGAUCUCUCAUUUGAUAACGCUGUGUCUGGUCCCAAUCAUGGUCAUCAUCAUCAUUGAGGCGUCGCAGAUGAAUCCCGAUGACGUGCGGCAGCUGUGGCUGCAUCUGCAAUACAAUCUCGUCUCGGUCAUCACCUGCUCCGCCUUCCUCGUCUUCGGAUCCACCGUCUACAUCAUGACCCGCCCCCGACCCGUUUACCUCGUCGACUACUCCUGCUACCGCGCGCCGGACAGCCUCAAGGCGCCCUACGACCGCUUCAUGAAGCAUUCUCGAUUAACCGGCGAUUUCGACGAAUCGUCGCUCGAAUUCCAGCGGAAGAUCCUCGAGAGGUCGGGCCUCGGCGACGAGACCUACGUGCCGGAGGCGAUGCAUUCCAUCCCGCCGCAGCCGUCGAUGCAGGCGGCGCGGGAGGAGGCGGAGGAGGUCAUGUACGGCGCGCUCGACAAAUUGUUCGCCAACACUAGUGUCAAGCCCAAGGAAAUUGGGGUUUUGGUUGUCAAUUGCAGCCUGUUCAAUCCAACGCCGUCGUUGUCUGCUAUGAUUGUGAACAAGUACAAAUUGAGGGGGAAUAUCAAGAGCUUCAAUCUUGGGGGAAUGGGGUGCAGCGCUGGCGUGAUUGCCAUCGAUUUGGCCAAGGAUAUGCUGCAGGUCCACCGGAAUACCUACGCCAUCGUGGUCAGCACCGAGAACAUCACGCAGAAUUGGUAUUUCGGUAACAAGAAAUCGAUGCUGAUCCCGAAUUGCUUGUUCAGAGUGGGAGGCGCGGCGGUGCUGCUCUCGAAUAAGUCCAAGGAUCGGCGGAGGGCCAAGUACAAGCUCGUUCACGUGGUGAGGACGCAUAAAGGCGCUGAUGAUAAGGCGUUUCGCUGUGUCUAUCAAGAGCAGGAUGAUGUUGGCAAGAUUGGGGUUUCCUUGUCGAAAGACCUCAUGGCCAUUGCCGGUGGUGCCCUCAAGACGAACAUCACCACAUUGGGGCCUCUGGUGCUGCCUAUAAGCGAGCAGCUGCUGUUCUUUGCCACGUUGGUGAUCAAGAAGCUGUUGAAGAAGAACGUGAAGCCUUACAUCCCGGAUUUCAAGCUGGCGUUUGAUCAUUUCUGCAUACACGCGGGAGGGAGAGCUGUGAUUGAUGAGCUUGAGAGGAACCUGCAGCUGCUGCCUGUCCAUGUUGAAGCCUCGAGGAUGACUCUCCAUCGCUUUGGGAACACUUCCUCGAGCUCCAUUUGGUACGAGCUCGCCUACAUUGAGGCCAAGGGAAGGAUGCGCCGUGGACACAGAGUGUGGCAGAUUGCUUUUGGGAGUGGUUUCAAGUGUAAUAGCGCUGUUUGGCAGGCGCUGCGUAGCGUCAGGCCCUCUAAAAACGGGCCUUGGGACGACUGCAUCGACAGGUACCCUGUGAAGGUAGUUUCUUAGCAGAUUAGAGCAUCUAUUUGACUCUUUACAUACAUUGUCGAUCUAUUACUCUUUUGUACUCUGUUUCUCUUCUUGUGAUAAUUUGGGCUUGUUAUUGAUGGUGAUAAUUAGGGAAGAAUAACUUGAUCACAUAUGUUGUCGAAUGUAGCUCUUUGAGAUUAUAUCAAUUCAAAGCUACUCCAUUUUUGUAA